UUGCCAUCUUUCUAACAGUUGUUCAUAAGAUGGACUUAACAUGGAACUCUUAAACGUAAUAACUCUCAGGUGAUGCAAUGACUUGCCAAAUCAAUAGCUUGGGAUGGUGAAGGCAGUAACAUGUCUGAUAUUGAUAACGAUUUGAUGUUUCAGAUUCUUUGCAGUUCUUUACUUAUGAGGUGUGUUCUUGUGUUUUCAGGUCUGUUGUUUUGUGUGCUCGUUACUGGUGUCAUAACGGAUGCUAUUAAGGAUGCUGUAAGUCGGCCUCGUCCUGGCUUCUUUUGGCGUUGUUUCCCUGAUGGUAGAGGGUUCUUUGACAAUGUCAAAAAGGAUGUUCUGUGUAUUGGAGAUAAAGACGUGGUCAAGGAGGGACACAAGAGCUUCCCCAACCCCAAACGUCUUGUUAGUUUUUAUCUUUUUGGGUCUGUUGUGCCAUGAGACAACUUAUCUAAUCGUGUAAUUCAAUGUCAUUAGGAUAAGGGUUCUCUGUAUUUUCAGGAAGAGGAAGAUGAGGUUUUCUGUUAUAUUAGUUGGCCUUUGUAUGUAAUUGCUUGCAGGGUUAGAGGCACGGAUGGGUUAAGGCACGGAUGGGAGUUGUAAUAUGUAUUGCAAGUUGAUGUAUAUUUUAGAUGAUAUAAGAAAUAAUAUAUGUUUUAUAAAAUGAAUGAAAUAUAAACUUUUAUUUA